UCGACUCAGUCAUGUUUAGCACUUGUAAUCCACGUCUCAAUCCAGGUCUACCUUCGUUCUGUCCCAUCGCCAUGGACUCUCCGGCUUGAACUCCGCCAUGAAAGAGUUGAAACUGGAGGUCAGCCGUCUGCCUCAAAGCCGUUUGGCAUUGACGAACAAGGCAUAUGUCCAUCCCAGCGCCUUGCAAGGGCUUGUUCUGGGGCAGCAAAAGCCUGCACCCAAGCAUCUCGAAGUUUUGUUGAACCGUCAUGCUGUGUUUCACGUGGAAGAGAAAGAUGGGGUGCCUUGCCACCAGAUUGCUUUGAACAGACUGCAUCGUCAAUAUACACAACUUUGUCUGGGAGACCAGGUGUCCUUGAAACGUCUCUCUUGUGACGUAAUGAAGGACUUGGCGGCCAUCGCAGUCUCGGUUCGAUUUCUGUCCCAAAAGAAACAGCGCUCGUUCCAGCCUUUACUAAUCAACACUGAGGAGUUGGCUGCCACUGUCAAGACGACGUUUGAGGGACAAAUCUUUCAACCCAAACAGGCCAUUGCUGUCGACUAUCAAGGGACGUUGCUAGAAUUGACCAUUGCCAACAUUUCAGUGGACUUUUUUGGACGGCUCGUGCCAACGACAAACAUACAUUUCCAGGAUCAAUCCAAUAUGGCGGUACUGAAAUUCAUCGACUACAAACCAUCCAAUUUCAAUUUGGAGGAAUGGGGCAUUUUCGGGUUGGGUGCCGCAAUCAAUCACGUGUUCCGCCAAGCUUUUGCGUCGAGACUCGUGAGGUCAUCACACAUAGGGAGUCACGCUGUGCACAGCAUGUUGCUGCGAGGACCAAUCGGAUGUGGGAAGAUGCUCCUUGUGAUAAAACUGGCACAAGCAUUGAAUGCCCAUUACCCUUACAUCAUCCAGGACCUCAGUACUACUGUUCUGGACGAACUUUUCUCCAACGCAGAAAAGGAACAAAGAAAAAGGAAAAAGGGACAGCUGCACAUUAUUGCCAUUGAUGGAAUCGAAUGGGUCCGAGAGCAGCGCAACUUGGAGUUGCUCCUUCGCAGGGCUCAACAAUGCCACAAUGUCUUGGUGGCCGUCACCACACGACAAAUGGACUUUGAGUCGUCGUCCUUUCAUCUCGUUGUUGACGUGGGUCCUCCACCGGAUGCCUCGGCACGCCUCAAAAUACUGAGACACUACACUGCCGGGCUUUCCGAGGAAGCCCUGCAACGAUUGCCAGAACUGGCGGAAAGAUGUCCAAACUACACGGGUGCGGAAUUGGAAGGUUUGGCAAAAGCAGCGGCUUCGUAUGCUCUCGCUCGAUCCCAUGGCAAAACUUCCAUCGAAGAUCCAACCAAAUACGAUCCAAAGGUAACGUAUUCGGACUUUGAGAAAGCCAUGCAAGACAUUGAACCGAGGCUGAAGAAUGCUCCCGUCAGCUCCAAGACAGCCGUACAAUUGGUGGCAAACGACCACCCACCGGAGGACCAGGAAGAUUGGAUCCUGGUCUAGACCCAGGAGGGAAAAGGCCCAGACAAAGGGAAUCCUCAUACCAGUACCACACCAUAACCAUGAAGCUGAGCGAGAGCCAACAGCAAAACUGCCUGCUAGAAGUGGCACAGCACUAGUAAUGGGCUACAUAUUAGGCCAGCUAGAAAUUGGUUUGAGACAUGGGUGGCUACAAGGAUCUUGCGGCUCUUGCUCGACUACUAGCUAGUUAUCUAGCUAUCUAGCUAGUGUGUCAUUGGUUGGCAUCGGAGAUCCCGGCGGACGGACGCACAUCUGAUUUCAAAGCAAACUUGCCUCCAACAAUAACCGACUGUGACAGCGAACGACCAUGAAGGGCAGU